UUCUCCCUGUGAUGCCUUUGACAUCGUUGUGUCGUCGUCGUCGAUUUGGAUACGCGACACAGAUCCGCAUUGAAGCGUCGUCAUACGCGUGGAAGUGCAAGUGCAAAAUAAGUGCUCUCAAAUGACCCUUUGCCAGAUUCUGCUGGCGAGGAACAAUAGUUUCGAUCCAAGUAGACGUGCAUAUACAAUUCGCUGACAGAUUUGGCUAAACGCUAGAGUGCAAACACCGUCGCUGGAAGCAGCUGUGGAGCGAAUUUUUUUCGUGGAGCUGAGGGUGUUUAGUAGAUAAGCAAAUUGUGCAGUGUGUGUGUAUAGUAUCAUCGCUGAGCCAUUGAAAAUUACUGCGGCCAAAUUUGAAGAACGUAAUUUUGUAGGGCAUCGAGAAGGUGUCACCCGAAAAAAACAGUUAAGAAUUUAGCAAACCGCUAAUGGACCCAUCAGGUGAAGACGGCACCGGCGCAGCAUCCUCCACCGCUGAGAAUGCUAGCAGCAGCAGUAAAUCAGACUCUCCUAGCAGCGAGCUAUUCGAGAGUUGGACACUGGUGGACAGUCCGCUGAAAAGUACCGAACCGCACGCUAUGGACUCCAAAAAGCCUGCCAACCCAGGCGACUUGGAAAAGGAAGAUAUCAGUAACGUGGAAGAAGAGGAAGGGGAAGAAGAAUCUGCCGAAGAAGAGGAAGAAAUAUGCUCCGACGCCGAUGAAGAAGAAGAAGAAGAGGCCGAUAAAAAUAGUAGCGUUAAACCAAGUGGGGUAGAAAACGUCCAGAAAAAAUCACCAAUAUGCAAACGCAAGGAAAGUGCACACGAAGAUGUACAAACCAAGAAGAAACGAGACAGUGAGCAUAGCGUUGACUCAUCCGAUGGCAUCAGCGUAAUAAGCGAAGGAAGUACCGAGGCACUUCUAGAUGCAACCGAUCAACAGCGAUUGCACUUUAAAAAAGGCUUUGACUUAAACCAACUUCCGUCGAGCGAUCAACCCGCCCUUCCAGAGAAGGAGAGCUCUACAAGUGAGACCACUCGAAGGCGGAAGCAGCUCAAGAGGAAACGUGAACACAGUGACGAUGAUCAAGCACUGGUACGGGGAGAUGCGAUCGUCCCCUGGAGGGAAGUAAACCGUGCUUCUCUGUAUCUAGUCGGUUUGGUCGUUACGGCCGUUGCAGCAGUGCUGGUUGGAAACUCUCGACUGUUCCAGCAUCAAACUGGCGAGGUGAACUUCCAGCAUGAGCAACGAAUUUCCGAGUUGGAGCUGGAAAAUAAUAUUCUAAAAAAUGAGAUGAACAAGUUGAAACAUUUGUACACUCGAUCGGAAUUGGACGAACAAGUUCAGCAAGCUGAUGCCGACUUUAUGAAAACGAUACAGGAUGAAAUGGAGGAACUAGUAUCACAGGAAACAGAACAAGAACCACCCGUCACUGAGGAACCAGAACAACCUGCCGUGAAAAGUGUUCCUCCACAGAAAGCUUACGCGAAACAGCAUUUUGCCGAUAAGGAUUACGUGCUGCCCGAUUUUUGCCACAACAAAAAUGCUGUACAAGAUUCACUAUUUUCGGAAUACACAGCCAAAUACUGCGAUGCUAAACAACGCAAAAUUGACGCGAAAAUACACAAGGCGGAAUGGGCCAAGAAACAUAGAAAAUAUAAGGAACCUAAGAGUUAUAAAACGCAUGUAAAAUCAACUCCCGAUGAAGUGCCCGAACAGCGACCGCAAGUCCCUACUCCUCCACCGAAAGCUCCAUCUCCCUCGGUAUUUGCUUCCGACUACAAUACUGUUUACGGUACAAUCAAGGAAGAAGGAGCGGCAAUUAUCGAGGGCUUAAAAGCUAUUCUAGACUUGGAGCCCGAACCGGACACUGUAACGGAAGAUGGCGGGUACGUUGCCGAUGAUGAAAGGAGUACGACGAGUGUUAAAAAUGGCAAUCAACCUGGACAGAGCAAACCAGCACCCCCGGGUAUCCAGUGGGACAGCUAUCCAGCAUGGGUAAGGGAAAAGUUUGAACAUCAACCGGAAAUGCACGGUAAGCUGCAGCACAAAGCCGCCAAGCUGUGGGAUUGGGAAAGGACGAAGAAUAACUUCCUGCGGAAAGUUGGUCUGGAAUCGAUUGAAGAAGUUAAUAGGAAAACAGAGGAAGAAUUGCAACGUAACGUAAGGGAUCUUCGCGAACAACCGCAGGAGCGAAAAGAGAAUGACAAGCAACCGUACGAAGAGCAAAAAGAAACGGGAAAACACGAUGAACGGAAGGAGUGGAAAGAUCAACGCCCAACGGAAGAUUUGAAGACUCAUGAACAAAAGGACUACCAUAAGCAUCACAAAAAAUGGAAGGACAGUGAAAAUGGCAUGGACAAAGAGUUCAAAAACGGCAACCGCCAACGGGAGCCAGACAACAGAGAAAAACAUAAUUACAAAUCAAACAACACACCGGCCACCUACUCCGGUGAUGGAUCUUCCUGGAAACACCAUCAAAGUCACGACAGCGACAAGCACCAGAAAAAAGUGUGGAAAGAGUCUUCCGGUGACUUCAAAAACAAAAACUACAAGAAAGAGUGGAAGGAAGCUUCAGGCGAUAGAGAACAACGAAAGAACAAGCACUCCGGCGAAAAGAAUUACAAGCGGCAUGAGAGCGGAGAGUCCGGAAACAAGCACGAACGAUCAUCUGAGGAAGGGAAGAGUAAGGAAUGGAAAGACCACAAGAAAAAUGGUAAUCAUCGGCAAUGGGACGCAAUGAAAGAUCGCGAUAGCGACGAACAGUUCUCCGGCGAAGGAUCCUAUCUGAACUAUUACCACGAAGAUUAUAAUAAACAGUCGAAACAUAAAGAGGACUAUUCUAGUAAAUAUGACGACCGGAAGCAACACCACAACCGCCGAAACGGUAAUGAUAGUGACGGUGAUGAUGAUGAUGAUGAUGACGACGACGACGAUGACGAUCAUUACAAGCAUCGUAAGUCCGAAAAACAUCGCGGGGAUCACAAUGGCUAUCGAAAAUCACAGAAAGAAAGCCACGAGAAACGUUAUAAGGACAGAGAAGAACACUGGAGCAAAAGAAAUGAACAGAAAAGGCACAAUCACGAUCAACCACACUCACAGGAUAGAUGGCGAUAGAAUAGUAAACGGGAUGUGAAUAUCUGCGAGAUUACAGCGGUUAUCCAUAUGUGAUUUGGAUAUUUCGAAUUGAUACCAAAAAGCCUUGAGAUAAAAAUUACUUUCGGCGAAUAAUUUUAGGAAGGAGGCGAGUCCAGCAUUCUGCGAGCUUAAUCACCCCGUUAAAUUCAAAUAUAGUUAGUGAACUUUAAA